AUUGGAAACUGGUGGUCUUCUAAAAAUAUUUCGUAAAAGUUGCAUAAUAAUUUUUUGCCGGUCCAAAUUUUGAAUUCGUGCAGUUUGUCAAUAAAUUCAAGAGAAUUGACAGAGGUAACUUUGUAUUUUUCACUUUCUUAUCUAGGAUAUAUUAACCUUUGAACGAAUCGGUGUUUGUAUAGCACAGAUAUGUCAUAUGUGUAAACAGUACUAACACGACAGAACACGUGGCAUUAUUAGCUAAAAGUAGUAUGUAAGAUCACUAGAUCAGAACGUAAUCCUUGCAAGUAUGCGUAAUAUAUACAGAGAAGCUGUGUAUAGAUUGAAUAGUGAGCUAGUUCAUUGUAAUCAAAUGUUUUUAGUACCCUACGGCUAUGUAGCAAAGAACCUCCCCCCCCUGCCCAUUUUUGAUAAAUAAUUUAUUAUGUAAAAUGAAAAUCGUAAUAUAUGGUCUUUAUUUAAUUGAGCCCCAGUGCGCCCUACUUUUUUUUUACUUGUCUAACGCCAGACGAAUUUACUUGUCAAUGUGGAAGCUCUGCAGCUUAAUGGGUUAACUAAAAAAUCUGACAAUGUCUCCAGUUAACCCAUUGAACCGCAAUGCGCCCAUUCUCGUACCCAGAGCCUUUCUUAUGCGCGGUGCGACGAGGGGCUCUGGCCAAAUCCAUAUCCGAACUGGCAUCUGAUUGGCUAGUUCUAACACCGGACAUUGUUUUCUUACCAUGUUUUUAUGGUAUCCGGUUAUGGAUUUGGCCAGAGCCCCUCGUCGCACCGCGUGUGAGAAGGGCUCUGGGUACGAGAAUGCAAUGUGCCCUACUUGUUUUUUUUUACUUGUCUAACGCCAGACGUUUUACUCGUCAAUGGGGAAGCUCUGCAGCUUAAUGGGUUAAAUAGCACUUAGCAAAACAGUAGCCUGUCCACUCACAACCAAGUGAUUGGAAUUGUGAACAGUUGGUGCCAGUGUAGUAGGUAGUGCCAAUAAUAUGAACAAGCUUUCGUUGGUGUGGAUGCCACGACCUAAAAAAUACAAAGCAACAUUUGAUGUUUUGAGCAAAGGGAUACAACUACCUGAAAAAUACAAAGCAAAAUUCGAAAGGGCCUUCACUCAAAACGUCAAAUUUCGCUUUGUAUUUUUCAGGCAGUUGCAUCCCUGCCAACAAAAGCUUGUUUGCGAUUGGAAUUAUCCAUAUCUGGAUUAUUCCCUAAACUAUUCAAACAUCCACACCUCCUCGAUCCACGGAUGAAAUGGGAGGUUAGCUUCUUCUGGAUACCUUACUACAUUUUAUUCUUAUCAGAAAUAGAUCUUUCCCCAGCUCCCAGGUUACACCAAUUUCUUCCAUGAGGAGUGUUGAUCUUGUCUUUUCAUUAUUUUGCAAAUCUGUUCUCUCAACGACCUCUCCGUAAUUAACAUUUCACCGAUCAGCGUUUAUUUAGCAAAGGUCUAUUUUCAGAUGAAAUUGACUAACUAAAGGCUUAUUUUGUUGUAUAGAUGAGCACAGCACCAGGUGUCGAAGACGAACCAAAACGGGUAGACCUUGAUUCGCACAGAUGGGAUCAAAGUACAUUUUCCGGCCGCUUCAAACAUUUUGCAGGGAUCACCGACAUGUUGCUUUCCUUGAAGUCUGAUAAAGAACUGAAUGAAGCACAAAACCUGCUUAAGUUAUACAGGUUGAACAAAAAUUCUUCAUGAUUGAUAUUAUUACAUAUUUAAGUUGAUUAGUUGGGAGUUAAUGAUUAACUAAUGAAUUUAUUGAUAUUGAUUAAUUAGUUGAUAAUUGGAUGAUUAAUUAAUGAUAUAGUAUAUAAAUGGGAUGAUUAAUUGGACAGAUGAUUCUGUUCUAAGACUGUUACUAUAAAUUUGAUUGUUACAGUAUAAAAUUGAUUGGCUAAUUAACAGAGACGGAUUUUCAUAUUUUCGUUUGGGGGAGGUGGAUAAAUAUCUGGGGGGGGGGUGCUGUUUGCUUUGGCCGGGGCGUGGUGGCAAUGCCCAGAAAAGCCAAGGGAAAAGUUUAACAAAAUCUGUUUUCUAGGGAGAUCUGAGACCAUAAUAUUGGUAAUUUUACAAAUUUAGUAGUUAGAAUAAUCAAAUAUGAAACUAUCAAAUCAAAAUAUAUAUAAUUUGCAGGGGUGCAAAAACUUUUGGGGGUGGUGCCAAAUGCCUCUUGGGGGGUGCAAAUCAUUUCUGAGGGGUACACACCCCCCAGAAAAUCCGUGCCUGCUAAUUAAUUGACUAAUUGAUUGAACAAUUGAGUGAGUGAAUGAUUAACUGAUGGAAAUAUUUGUUUGAUUUGGUUUUGUUAGCGAGGUGAUGAUUUCAUUAGGUGGGUUACCAUUUACACAUGUGACUUGUUGAUUGUAAUUAAUUAACUUGCUCUUUAAAGCCCAGUGCUUUCCCUGUUGAUGGGUACAAUCAUUUGGCAUUAGAUUGAGUAAGACUUGUUAGAGUUCAAGAGAUAAUGGGCAGACGUUCUGGUUAUUUGUGAAGCAUUAGACAAGUUAUUGAGUAUCAGAGCUCAUUGUGGUUAAUAAUUUGACUUAACCAUUAAAUGCACAAAACCUCCUUGAAGAUGAAAAUCAUCUGGUAUUAGACAGUAGGGUACAUUGAUGGGUAAUGCAACUUAAUGGGUUAUCAAGACACAAUUGACAGAUAGAAAUGGUUAACCCAUUAUUGCGCAUUUCCUCUGAUGAGUGAAAUCAUCUGCCAUUCAACAGAGUAAAAUAAUUAAUGGAGUCAGGUGCAUGUGGGUGCAGUGCUGCUUAAUUGGUUGAUGCAAAGCAUACACUGCAUAUGUAAAAUCUGAGGCAAAAAAUUUUCAACCACUCAAGUCAGUCUAUUGUUUCUGCCAAUAUUAAGUAUACUAGCAAGAAAAUGUUGUAUUUUAACAUUUAAGGGAGAAGAAAGAGCCUCCAGGAACAACAGCGGAACAAGUAUGGGAUGCAAAGACUCUUUAUGAAUCUGCAUUCCACCCUGACUCAGGCGACAAGAUGAAUAUCUUUGGACGAAUGUCAUUUCAAGUUCCUGGUGGUAUGCUAAUCACUGGAGCACUGAUGCAAUUUUAUAGGUGGGUUCUGUCGUAACGUUUUCUAUUACUGUACGUACUCUCCCAGCCAGGCAGCCAGUAUGACAUCACAAAGACUAUGAUAUAGCCGUAUAGGACAAAUUGCUACAAGCUUGUUGUCAUCAACUUGUUAUGUGCAGAUGAUAUUAGGCUUGUUGGAACAACUUAUUGAAAGUCUGUUGUCCUCAUCAACCUUGUUACAAGAUACAGACUUGUCAACAACUGGGAACAAGUAUUGUGAACACAUCUUGUUGACAGCUGUGAGAUUUUCCAUGUUCCAGCACUCGAUAUAGGUUUAAGUUUGCAAGGAGUGGCCCAUUUUACAUGAGUUACAUGUUUUACUGAUACAUCUUUUCAGAACAGUGCCACAGGUUGUGUUUUGGCAAUGGAUUAAUCAGUCUUUUAAUGCUUUGGUGAAUUACACAAAUAGAAAUGCCAAAUCAACGAUAACAGGAAAGUAAGUAGGAUAGACAAUCGUUUUGAAAUGCUAUUCUCGAUUACCCUUAAGCUACGUUUACACGCUGCGAUUUGUUGGGCCGAUUUUGGUAAAUAAUCGAUGCCCCUUCUUCCACAUUUAGCGAUUUAAACGUUCAAUUGAAGCUGUCCGCUCUUUCGUCUGUUCAUAUUAUAGUUUUCUGCGUGCGAAAAGUUUUCAACAACUUUACAACGGAAGAAAAAUCGUUGAAUCGUGAGAAAAUCUGUGGUUUUGUUACAGAUUUUUCUCCCGAUUUUGUGAAUCGCAAUGUGCUGACGCGAGUACUCACGACAGGUUGUUUACAUACAGCGAGCAAAAUCGGCUCGACAAAUCGCAGCGUGUAAACGUACCUUUACUAGCAGUAUUGUAUUGUGGAAUUUAGAGUUAAACCCAAAAUUUCAGAUUUGACUUCCGCUACCGUUAAGGGAGUAUUGACCAAUCAGAUGCGUUGGAUAUAUCCGAUUAACCAAUCAGCCAGUGAGAGGUUGUGGUUGCGGUAGGGGGAAGUGAAAUCUGAACCCCGCCCUCUAUCAGUUCUAAACUGUCCUCUUAACGUACGUAACAAGUGCAAUUAAGGACAUCCCUAAUUACAGUAGUCUGUUGUUACUACUAGAGGAAACUGACUCCAUGGAGUUACGUACCCAGAGAAAAUACAUACGAUGCAAUAUAUAGUGUAGUAAAAUUGGGAAGGAUAACAAAUUAGUAAAAAAUACCAGAUUUGGAGAGAUUACGGAAAUAUAAUUUGCUUUAUAUUUUCCGAAAUGUAAUUCUAUAUUUUCCAGACAGAUUGGUGUGGCAUACAUUUCCAGUACAACUACUGCAGUCGCUGUCUCAGUGGGACUUAAUUCUUUUGUUAAGGUAAGAGAUUAUCCAUUUAGUAUAGCCUUAAUCUCGUUCCCUGAGCCUGCGAUCCUCGGGAAGGAACGCGAGGCUCUGGGAUAAUCCGUUGCUGGAAGCUAGGAAUUCUGGCUAAGAUUGAACUACGCAUUCCAUUUCAACGGCCAAUCAGAUUCCUCCCUGAAACGGAUUUAUCCCAGAGCCUCGCGUUCCUUCCCGAGGAUCGCAGGCUCGGUGAACGAGAUUGGUAUAGCCUGAAAACAGACCUACGCGGUCGACAGAAAGGCCUGGGAACGAGGUUGCUACGUUUCGCCCUUUCCUCGACCCCCAAAUUUUAGGGCACGCGAAUACGUAGCAGGUCUGUUUUCAGGCUUUAGUAUGUACGCAACUAAGGUGGGGUGGUAGUUAGAAAUUUUGCAGUUUUUGCGUAUGCUUAUUGUUUAAAUGACGUCCUUCUUUAUUGUUGUUUGCACACAAGAGGGAGGGAGGGGUACAAUGGAUAUACCCCAAAGCUGUAAAACGUAAGCUUCUUGUACCUAAUUUUUUGAAGAAAAGUUAUUUUAGUAAAUAUCUCUUUAUUUCUCUGUAAAUUCACCAUAGCGUGCCCCACCUCUGGUUGCAAGAUAUGUUCCAUUUGCUGCCGUUGCUGCUGCUAACUGUGUCAAUAUUCCUUUAUCAAGGCAAAG